AUGGGCACGUCUGAUGGGACACGGGUACCAACGGGCACAACGAAUGGGCGCAUUUACCGCAAUGCUCAUUCCGAUGGUCUUAAUACUCGCCUCCAACUCCCGAAACGUACACCCCGCCAACCCUCCCCGCCACAACCCCCUCAGCCCACGCCCCUCGACUCCGGGGGCGCUACCUGCUCACUGACCCCCUCCUCUCUCCACGUCCCACCUCACAGCCGCAGCUCCCACUCUCCGACCCCAGGCCCCCCCACGCCCCGUGUGGCCUCCCCACCUCACCGCCCGUUCACCCGCCUGUCUACACCCGCUUCCGCCUCCUGCACCGCUCUGUCCUCGAAGCAGCCACGGCCCCCCGGCCCCCCGAAUAACCGCCGUCCUCUACGGGCGUGUCGGGUCCUGGCCGGCCAGGCCCCGUCCCGCCUCGGUCUCGGGGAGUCCCCUCACUCUCCGCACCCUCUGCCCCUCCUCCCGAUGACCUCUGCCCUCCCCGAGCUCACUGCCGACCCCGCCGUCCCUCAGGACGCCCUCAGCCCACCCAGGUAA